UGAGGUAUUCGAGAUAAACAACAUGGCGUACGCUUCGUACACCGUUCAGAAAUUGAAAAAAGAAUUGAUGUUGCGCGGCGCUGUAACUACGGGAAGAAAAACAGAUCUCAUAGAAAGGUUGGAAGCAUACGAACGAAAUUUUAACUUUAGCGGUCCCGUAAUAGAGCUGCCAGCGGAAAGGAAGGUAGACUGGCCCACUACUGGGUAUAAACAAAUAACAUCAGAGCAUUAUGACUUAAUGCCACAUAUAUCAGAAGCCCAUAUCGAAGGAUAUUUUCAAUACAGACAAGCAGUUGACAGGCAAAUGAUGGGCAAUACAAAGGCGAUUGUGAAAGGAAAAUUGCUCUUGGAGUCAGAGAGAGUUGAAGCACUGAGUAUUAACUGUCAACAUGAGGACUUUUAUCUUACAGGAUUUGUCAGAGCAGCAAUGAAGAAAAAGGCUCCCCCAUAAAAGCAGAAGACAUGCCUUGUCGGUACAACCCAGAUCUUAGUGACCCAAGACCUCAGAAAUACAGAGGAAUUGCUGGAUACAACGAUUAUGUGAGCAACAUUUUAACCAAUUACUGUGCUUUAACGUCAGCAGAUUUAUCUUUCAAGUACAUGAAGCCCAAGGCAUUUAUCAACUUUGCAGUACUGGACCAUGAUUACUUGGACCUGCCAUUCACUGAAUAUUGGAUAGAUGCAGCUCAGAAUGUUUCAGAUAGGGACAUUGCCCGCAUCGAACACAGAACUAGGAAACAGAAUCUGUCGAAAGUUUGGCACCAAGAGAGAGAAUGGCAUUUGACAGCUUCCAGGUUUGGGGAUAUUUGCAAAGCUACUGAUCCAUGUAACAGACUGAAGCUGUGUUCUAGCAUCUUUAAACCUCUUAAACUGAAAACACCAGCUGUCUUAAAUGGCCAACAGUAUGAAGCUGUAGCAAGACAAACAUUUCAAGAAAAAAUGGGUUUCAAAGUAAAGACUUGUGGUCUUUUCAUAGACUCGGAGAACAAUUAUUUGGCUGCUUCGCCCGAUGGCAUUAUUGGAGAAAAUGCUAUUGUUGAAAUUAAAUGUCCAUAUAAGGGUAGAGAUCGUAAGAUUGCUGCAGACAAGUUUUUCCCAUUCUUGCUAGAGGAUGAUGAUGGUGUAUUGCAUUUAAAACAGAAUCAUAAUUAUUAUAUGCAGGUGCAAGGGCAGCUUAAUGUUUGUAAAAAAGAGAAGUGUUUCUUUGUUGUUUACACAUUUGUAGAUAUUUUUGUGGAAGAAAUCAAUGUUGAUAGAGUUUACUUCUGUGGUUGCAUGCUACCAAAGUUAGAGUUGUUUUAUAAAAAACACUACAGAAAAUUUCUUGCUGAAAAAUUGUAAAUUGAUGUCAUAAAUCUGCAGUUUAAGCUUUUUCUGUGAAGACUUGUACAUAAAUUGUUCAUUUCAUUUCUAUAUGGAUAAUAUGAUGAUAUUUGCAGGUUUUUUUUUUAGAAAAGCCUUUUACAUCUGUUAAGAUCAGCACAGUAUUUUGAUUGUUUAUCAAAACUUAACAUGGUCAUUAUAGUGCACUGUUGUAAUUGAUAACAUUUUUUUACCAUUGAAACUAUGGUUCUAUAUUACAAAAUGUAGAUUUUCAGUAGUCAACCUGGAAUUUAGAAUAAUCCAAGAGAAAUGUUUAUGAAGUUAUUAAUGGUUUGUAAAGAGGUGAAGAGGUGUAUAGAGAUAAUUAUAAAGAUGUAUCCACUUGCUGCUUUAAGACAGAAUUAUGUAAGAAACAACAGUUAAUUAAGUACAAUGUGAAAAUGUUAGAUUGAAUAAUGCAAGUGUAACUGAAAUCAUUGUUUUUAUUCUACAACAUGUAUUAAAUAAUAUUCAUUUGAA